AUGGUGUUCAGUGCACCUGCUCCUGGGGUGGGCUCCAGUAAAAGGCCAGCAUCAUGCAUGCAGGAUGAUGUUAAUGGCUGGGAUACUGUCCCACCCAUGGGUCUAUCCAUGCGUUCGUCGAUCAACAUCCCUUACGCCCACUAUGCCAUGAUCUAUCUCAACAACAUGGGCAGACUUAAGGUGGUGGAAUCUGCAUCUAUCCAGGAGCAAAAUGAGACUGUUUUCACACCUGAAAUCCAUAAAAGAUUCUUAGAACUCCUUGGUGCCAAAAUAAAAUAUCAACUGCCCAUGGUUCAAAGGUUGUCAGCUGGUAGUGCUACACCAUAUAGCUAUAAAUCUCAUCAACCACUUGCUCACUUGUCUUACCACCAAACUACAUGGGGUAGAAAUUCUACAGCCCACUCUAUGUAUAGUGUACCGCCAUCCAUCCAGUUCUCAGUCCCUGUUAAGGAAACACCCUCUUGUAGGUCAGUGGACAUGGUUGAGCUCAAGAUUAGUAAUACUCCUCAAGUCCUUAACUACUAUGAGAAAUCCUUAGAGCACUUUCAGCAGCUCAACUGUCAUGAGAUUGCAAAGGCAUUCAUUAAGUUCAUUGAGCCACAAAAGCAAGUCAAGCACCCCUAUAAUAGGGGUAAACCCCCUGCAGGAGCCCCUCCUGGUAAGAAGGGCAACCCAGAGAUGACAAAGCCUGAAUGGUGGCCCCCUAAUGUGGUCCACAAGGAGCCUGACCAUCUUCGAAAGGAUCAUACAUACUUAGAACGCCUGUCUCUGUUGAUCCAUAUCAUCCAGAAGCUUAGAAGAUUCGGUAUCACCAUGGAUCAAUUACAGGAAAUUGCCCACAACUGCAAGCGGCGGCUCACCGACCCCCAUAAACUCCUAAUCUUGGACGAGGUCUUCAGAAAAGAGAGGGAUGGCGACUCCAAUGUGGGUCCGAACCAGAAGCAUGAGCAAGAAGAUAACGCGGAUGAGGCACUUCCCAUUCUCCACUCUGAGAUGAACUCAACCAGCCUGAUGUUGAGUUCAGUUGAGUACAUGGGCAUGGCGGCACCAAUUCGUCCAAAGGAUAUGGGAGAUGACAGAAACCAGUUGUUUUCUUUACCGGAGUGGUUGAGCUCAGGUGAGACACCCUGGGCUGAUCAGACCCUCCUUCCCACGACCUCUGAAUUUACUAAAGAUUAUGCAUCGCAGCAGAUGCCCAGAACACAUGCAACAACUGCACCUGUCAGCCCUAAUGAGAUGCAUGCUGCUUUUGAUUAUAUGACACAGGAGUCCAUUACCUCCUCCACACCGGAGCAGACUUCCCCCCACCGCCAAGCACCCCUGCCCAUGCAGCAGUCGGCCAGCUUCAACCCUUGGGCGCCUUCAUUCCAACACAAUCUCUUCAACCCAAUGGUGUAUGGUACUGCACCCAGUCACGCCAUAUCUCAGACUACUAUGUCAUAUCAGCUUCCCAGGUCCCUGACGUCUCAUCCUCAGGAAAUGCCUCACAUGGCUCACGGCCUGCCGAACCUGCCUCAAAACAGACCAAGCAUGCAUGAGCAUGAGAAGCCCUUCUUUCCGCACAGGAUCUUUGAGUCAUCCCUGUGA